AUGAAAGUGACCUUGAAAAAGUUCAAUGACAGCCUCAAUGCAAAGAUCACCAAGCUGCAGAGCCUGCUGAAAGACCUUGAGGACAACUUUGCCCCGAAGGAUAUUGAGCAGACUGUGACUUCCUUGACCAAGCAUAUUCAGUGCUUGGAGCAUCACUACGAGGCAUCGUGCUCUUCAGCGGUGCGUGUGGCGCGUGAUCUGGUGAGUGAUGUCGGUGAAGCAGCCGCCGCUCGUAGCGGGGGGCUGCUGCAACUGGCUAGAUCGAGCACUAGCAAUGCCGAGAGGGAUUCGCGUAAAGUCCUGGUAAAACGGUGUCGCCUGAGCCUGGAGCCCUUUGUGCCACUCAGUGAGCUAAAGUGCGGCGAACAGAAGGUGACCGUUUUGCGACUGAAGACUUGGAUGCAGUUCCUGGUGGACAAGAGACUUUUGCAUAUAGUGUCUGGUCUGAUCCGGCGUGAUGAAGCUCGACAAGAAGCCAUUCUGGCUCAAUUUUGGACGAACUACAAAAUCUCGCAUCCAAAGCAUCCUGUGUUCGAGUUGGAGCGCCAAGGCCGUGCAACUUGGCCAAAGAAAGUUUACGAGGAUGAUCGGACAUUUGACAAGCUUCUUGGACUUUGCAAGAAAGACAGCGACUUCAUGUUGCAUCAUGGGGUGUCUGACCCGAAGACUGGGAAGCAGUAUUUUGCUGCAAUCCUGUCGGUCGUGGGCGAUUGGCAAUGGCUGGUAAAAGCCGGCAAAUUGACUCGUAACUACAACCAUGUCGUGAAGAAGCCGCAGGACAUCGAGGAGCCGCGGGGGAUUUGCCAUCUUUGUCAAGCAGGCCAAAAGGAACACAGCUUCGAACAAUUGCAGACAAGGUCUCCUUCAUGGUUACAAACGAUUGGCCAGCAGGACCCGUUUGAACAGCCGUCGCCGUUGUCAACUCUUCCACACGAACCAGGCGCGGCGGCUUCCUUGUUUAAGUACGACGUCUGGCACACGUGCCACCUUGGAGUAUGCAAAGCCUUCAUUGGUGCAGCCCUGGCAUUGCUGAGUGACCUUUAUGAAGGCCGAAGCAAGGACACGCGUUUUGAGCAGCUGAAUCGCGAUUUUAUGGAGUGGUGCAAACGAAAGCAUCGGCAACCACUUAUUACAAAACUGACGAAGGACACAAUCGGCUGGGAAAACAACGCGAACUUUCCCGUCGCGUCUUGGUACAAAGGCUCUCUCUCGACGACAUUUUGCGAGUUCAUCGAAGACAUGACAAGGGGUCAGCAGUUUGACGAUCAACUUCUCACAAAGAUUGGAGAGGCUGUGCAGUCUUUGAACAUCUUCCUGAAAGGCCUCUACAAGUCCGACGUUUUUCUGGAAAGUGAACACGCUUGCUAUCUUGGUGAACAGGGACUCAGAUUCUUACGACGUUAUUCUUGGUGCGCCACAGAAUCUGUGCGGCAACAGCGCUGUUUGUUUUUGAUUCUUCCCAAAGCACAUUGUCUUCAUCAUAUAUGUCUCAAGGACUUAGUGUUGGAUUCGCGCCAGUAUUCGAAAGUUGUAAAUCCGAUCAUUUACAGCGUGCAAAUGCUGGAAGACUAUGUGGGACGCAAUGCCAGGUUGAGUCGACGCAUCCACCCAGCCUCCGUCACAAAGCGGGUUGUGCAAAGACAUCUACAGCAAGCCUAUGCGAAAUACAAAGAAAUCGGUUACCUGGAGUGA